AUGCCAAAGGCCAAAUGCGCGAAGACUACGGUGGCUUCAACUCCGGGUUCACGAUCUUCAGCAAACAGCACCCCACCGUCAACGCCCGGCACAUCUGCUCCUGCCACCCCAGCCGAAUCCGUGGCCCUUGUGGGUGAGGGUGAGGUAGACGAAUCAAAUAAGAAGAGGAAGAGACCGAAGAAAGCUGAAGAGCAAACACCUUUGACACCCUUGCAGAAAGCCAAUGAUAUGUGCAACAAAUUGUUGAAGAAAAAAUCCGACUCCUCGAACCUAGGGCUGACACUGCAAGCAAUCCCGUAUGCAUCAGCACUGAGCGGUGAGAUGACCCGAUUCUCUUCGCAAUUUGAGCGGCUUGAAACUGAUUACAUCCCCCUUGCGAAAGACUUCAUUAGUUUGCAAAAGCAGUUUGAGAAGCCGCAAGCUGCGGCCACUGCGCUGUCACGGCAGUCCUUGCAACAACGUCGGUCUGCAUUUCGCGCCUUCCACGCAGAAGCUCCAAACGCGCUCGCCGGCUUUGCCACGCCGCAGUUGCAGCACGGCUUCUGCACUUCGCACGUGUGGCAGACGCGGUAG